UGUGCCUUGAGUGUGAAUUGAAGGCAAGGCUAAGUGGGAUGGCUGGACGGCCACACCCUUAUGAUAGUAAUUCUAGUGAUCCGGAAAAUUGGGAUCGGCGCUCACACAACAGACCUCGCAAACUCUAUAAGCACUCAAGUGGUACACACAAAAACAUUUGUACGUGUCAACAUGCUGGGGAGAGAGGCAGCAAGAAAAAUCCAGCUGGUCGAAUCUCUUGAUGUGUCACUUAUUGGUGCUCCUUCACGUACCACAAGACUUGGGUCAGUCCGCGCUAACAAAAUGAGUCUACAUGAGUCCAGUGGAUAUGAACGUUCUCGAGAUCGCCGCAGGUCAAGUGAUCGCUCUCGUGAUUCCUCACAUGAACGGGCAGAGGGUCAGCUCACACCUUGCAUUAGGAAUGUAACUUCACCAACUAGGCAGCAUCAUGGUGACCGAGAGAAGGAUCUCAAUUCCACAUCACGCCCUAGUAGUCCCCGUCUUCAAAAACUUUCCCCUAAUAGCUCCAGCAGCGGUGGCAUCGUCAGCCGGAAUGGUAGCCAGUCCAGUACUGAUGGAAUGUGCAAGGCGACAGGAGAGAUGGUGUUUGUAUAUGAGAAUGCAAAGGAAGGAACAAGAAGUGUUCGUACUUCAGAACGAGUGACACUCAUCGUUGAUAACACAAGAUUUGUCGUCGAUCCUUCUAUUUUUACUGCACAACCAAACACGAUGCUGGGCAGGAUGUUUGGUUCAGGUAGAGAACACAAUUUCACCCGUCCAAAUGAAAAAGGAGAGUUUGAAGUGGCAGAAGGUAUCAGCUGUACUGUGUUUCGAGCUAUUUUGGAUUACUACAAGACUGGAAUAAUUCGCUGUCCAGAUGGAAUCUCAAUACCUGAAUUGAGAGAAGCUUGCGACUACCUCUGUAUCUCCUUCGACUACAGCACCAUUAAAUGUAGAGAUCUCAGUGCACUCAUGCAUGAGCUUUCCAAUGACGGUGCACGCAAGCAGUUUGAAUCUUACCUGGAAGAAAUGAUCCUCCCGCUGAUGGUGGCCAGUGCUCAGAGCGGUGACCGAGAGUGUCACAUUGUAGUGCUGACAGACGAUGAUGUGGUUGACUGGGAUGAGGAAUAUCCACCCCAGAUGGGAGAGGAAUAUUCACAAAUUAUUUACAGUACAAAGUUGUAUCGCUUCUUCAAGUAUAUAGAGAACAGAGAUGUGGCCAAAACUGUUCUCAAAGAGCGAGGAUUGAAGAAGAUACGAUUGGGUAUUGAAGGUUAUCCUACGUACAAAGAAAAGGUGAAGAAAAGGCCAGGUGGUCGACCAGAGGUUAUUUAUAACUAUGUCCAGAGGCCUUUCAUCAGGAUGUCCUGGGAGAAGGAGGAAGGCAAGAGCCGCCACGUUGAUUUCCAGUGCGUGAAGAGUAAAUCGAUCACAAACCUGGCAGCGGCGGCCGCAGACAUUCCCCAGGACCAGCUGGUGGUGAUGCACCCAACACCACAGGUAGAUGAACUGGACAUUCUCCCUAUCCAUCCAGCCAACAGCAACAAUGAACUGGACCCUGACGCACAGCCCCCAGCCAUCUGAUGGGAGGGAGGCUUUAACAACUUAGCAUGCUGCUGAACAAGUGACAAGUGUAUGAUCAGCUUAUUUGUGCAGAAAACUACAGCCAUUGUACACUAAUCUGAACAAAACCUGGAAGUAACUGCAAGUUUUAAGUUGCACUCGAAUUUUAUUUUCUAUAAGGCCAAAGGCACACCCACUGCCUAGCAGUAAAACACAAAGCCUGUUUGUUUUCACAUUCACUUCUCGUCAACACCAUUAUUUAUAAAAGGUUGUUGCAGUCUUGGUGCUAUAUAUUGGGAGAAUGGCUUUUGUCUGCAUUUUGCUAAGUGCUCUUUCAAAUAAAUGCAUUUACCAUUUUGCUGAUGCAGCACAUGGGACUGAUGGAGGCACUCUUAGAAAAGAGGAAUGUUCUAAUGUUACAUACACAAUUUACUUCAGUGGGUUUAAAUACUCACUGCUAAUACAGUUUUGAAAAAUAUAUAUUCUAGGUAUAGCUAGCUAUAUGCCAGAGGUUUAUUGCUGUUCCGUGAAGCUGUUUUGAAGUCUAUUUUAAUUUUCUGAACUGUGUACCUGUUGCAAGAGUUUUGUAUUUCUAACAGCUGAUGAAUGAUUAUAUAAUAAAUAUCACAAGCAAA